AUGACAACAAUCACAGUCAGCCAUAAUACACCUCUUACAGUACCUCAACUUGUCCAAAUUUGUAUCACAUUUUUUGAUGGUGACGAAGAUGUAGGAAAAGAUUCUCUUCCAUGGGCAUUAUUUCAUGUUCAUGAAUGGUUUGUUAACAGUUGUGAGCUGAUGGCACAUUUCAUAUCAAUUUUUUUAGAUGCGGUGAAUGACAGUGGUACUCGUUUACGGAUAUGUCGAGCAGUUGGAUACUGGAUCCGGAUAUGUCCAACACAUUUCGAUGCACCUUUAUGUAAGCUUGUUGAACGCCUUAAAUUGUUAGCUGUAUCGAGAAAUGUGCCCAAUUCUGCAGCACUUCUUGACCUCUCAUCAUUGCCUUCUUAUUCGUGGCUUCGAAAUAUCUCGAUUAGAAAUCCUGUCAGCCAUCAAUGUUCAUUAUCAUUUGAUCAGUGGAGUCCUGAAGAAAUUGCUGUAUCAUUGAGUCAUAUAGAUUAUAAAGCUUUAUUCAGGAUUCCAAUUAGUGAACUGAAGCAGUAUUGUAUAGAUGGCAAUCUUUCACAUACGCCCUUUUUAGAGAGAUCUAUUUCAAUUUUCAAUAGUUUAUCAAACUGGAUACAAUGUAUGAUUUUGAAUAAAGGAACGCCUGUUGAACGUGCUGAAAUGAUUACUAAAUUCACUCACGUGGCAAAGUGCCUUAGGCGAAUGAAUAAUUUCAAUACUUUAAUGGCUGUUAUUGGCGGUGUAUCACACAGCAACAUUGCUCGAUUAUCAAAAACAACAUCCGCUUUAUCAAGUGAUUUGAGAAAGGAACUUAAUCAUUUUACCCAACUUCUCUCUUCAACUUCAAAUUUUGCUUCUUAUCGGAAAGCACUGCAGGAGAGUUCGGGAUCAUUCUGUAUCCCAAUCAUGGGUGUCCAUCUGAAAGAUCUGAUAAGUUUGCUGAUAAAAAAUAGAGACUCAGAACAUUGCUGUUUUGUUUCGUGUCGAAAAAUUCCAUAUUUAGCGGAUCAUUUAUCGUAUUUUGUCAAUUUUAAUCGUACUCCUCACAAUUUUCCCGAUGCUAAUAUUGAUCUCAUUGAUACGCUCAAAGUUUCAUUGGAUAUCAGGUAUAACGAAGAUGAUAUUUAUCGCCUUUCUCUAAAACAUGAACCUCGUACAAUUCUUAGCUUUCAAAGUUCAACAAAAUCGGUAUUAUUUGCUGAUUGGGCAUCAGGUGUGAGUAGUACGUUGGAUUCAGAAAUUGUCAACAAACAUAUUACCGCAAUGGUGGAAGCUGUAUUUAAAAAUUAUGAUCACAAUAAGGAUGGUUCCAUUUCUCAAAGUGAAUUCCAACAAAUUUCAACUAAUUUUCCAUUUAUUGCUCCUUUUGGAGCUAUCGACACUGAUAAGGAUGGAGUUAUUAGUAAACCUGAAAUGAAUGCUUACUUUAUCAAAAUUUGCAAGCAAUCUAUAGAUUUUCGCCGUGAAUUUCAGCAUAAUUUUCAUGAAACAACUUUUCUGACACCUGCAAUAUGUGCUCACUGCGAUAAAUUAUUAUGGGGUAUAAUUCGACAAGGUUUCAAAUGUCAUGACUGUGGACUUACUGUACAUCGAACUUGUAGAGGCAGUGUCGUUGUAGAGUGUCGUCGAAUUAAUAGCUGGAAAACUACAGUAACAGAAUCGGCCAGAACGACCCGGAAGCUUUUACCUGGUAUCAAAUCGAUUUCUCGGAUACGAGCAACAAGUGCCACAUCAGAACAUGAUUCGACAGAUGAUACGACAACAGAGUGCUUCGCAUCUGCAGCAUGCAAAAUGCUAUUGCAUCUACGACCUCAUUCGAAAAAGAAUCCCUCUCGUUUUGAUGCAGGAUGUUAUUACCGGGUAGCAAGUUCACCUGAAUCACCAAAUACAGAUGAUGUGGCACCAUCUUUGGCGUGUGAAGAAGUAUUCGAAGAUGAAUCUUCAUGCAUAUCUCUUUCCGAAAUGAAUGAUUCUAGUAGUACUUUACGGUGA